UGGGCUAACGAUGGCCAAUCUAAUGCAAGAAGUUAAACGUUCCGUUAAAAGGUGCUAGAGAUAUUUCUAACUCGUUCCGCUGCAUAUUGUAACUUGAUUGUAAUAUAAGUUGCAUCGUUUAACGAUAAAAUAAUAUCGAUUAUGUCAAAUAGCACAUGGCUAAAUGCAGAUGCGUCAACAGUGGCACGUCACUAUCUCAGUUGCAAGAUGGCGAACGUGCGGGAUAGUGACACAUCCUUGUGGCUCCAUAAUAAACUCGGAACAUCGAACGAUUCCUGGACAACUGGUUCAAUUUGUACACAAUUAAAUGCUGAAGUGUUAAAGAAUAUUAAAGAUUGUUUUCCAGAUUUACAAACACAAGUGAAAUUAAAAUUAUUGUUGAGUUUCUUUCAUAUCCCGCGCAGAAAUGUUGAAGAGUGGAGAAAUGAAUUGGAAGAGAUCAUUGAAGUGGCAGCGGUCGACUCGGACCUCUGGGUUGCCAUGCUGGCCGAGGUCCUCAAAACAUUCCCCUCACAGGGCACCCUUAACACUGAGAUAGCAGAGUUCGACGAGACUCGGCCCAUAUUCAGUGACAUGAUCGGGGAGCUCCGGAAAGCCUUGGCUAAGCAUUCUGAACUGGGGUUGUUGCCAUUAGAGUGCCUAUAUUUGAAUAAAAAUGCCUUAGUAUCUGUGGUCGGCCAACAAGCAAACCCAGUAAAACACUUCACAUUAAAACGCAAGCCCAAGUCUGUGGCACUCCGGAGUGAACUGCUAGCCAAGGCGGCCGAGGUGCAGGCCAACCAGAAGAAGGCUCAGGCCCCAACUGUUCCUGUCCGGAGCCGUGGCAUGCCGAGGAAGAUGACCGAUACUACGCCGCUGAAGGGGCUGCCGUCGCGCUGGGCGGCGCGCUCGGGCGGCGCGCCCGCCCGCCCCGCGCCCGCCGCGGCGCGCCUGCCGCCGCGCAGCGCCGGCAUCAAGCUGCUCGACAUCGCCGACCAGCCCAUCGCUCACGCUCACGCCAAGAGGAGACGCAAGAACGAGCUCGAAGAAGCGGCAGCCGCGGCCAAGAAGCCGGCGCCGGCCGCGCCCGCGUCGCCGCCGCCCGACUACGCGCGCGGCCUCAACAACUACCAGAUGCCCAAGCAGGAGGACAACCCCACCACCGCGCCGGCCGAGCCCGCGGCGUCCCCCCCGCGCGCCUCGCCGCCGCCCGCCGCCGAGCGCGCGCCGCCCAGCCCCAUGCUCGUGCAGAGCACCGGUGCGAAACCGAUCGUGAUCGGCCAACAAGGCAAACUACUGAUAGCGGGCCAGGGCGGGACGAAACCACUACUGCUGUCGGCGCCGACACUCCUCAACACGUCUGCGGUGCUGCUGCAGCCCGGGGGCAAGGCUGUGCUGCUGCAGAAUAUCAAACCGGUGACGCAGACAGUGGUGCAGGCGGCGCGGCCCACGCUGCAGGUGGUGCCGCCGCCACAGCCGCAGCCGCAGCCCGUGAUGCAGGUGGCGGCGCCCGUCAGCGCGGCGGGCGCGGCGGGCGCGGCGCCGGCGCUGCUGCCGCGCCGCGGGCUGUCGCUCACGCGCGAACAAAUGCUGGAAGCGCAAGACAUGUUCCGCAACGCCAACAGAGUCACGCGACCCGAGAAAGCGCUCAUACUUGGUUUCAUGGCUGGCUCCAGAGACAACCCCUGCCCGAACCUUGGCAACAUAGUGACAAUAAAACUGUCAGAGAACAUCGAAAACGUGCUCCAGUCCGACGACACGUACCUGACGAUGCUGUCGGAGAUGCACUUCCAGAUGAACUACAACAACGGGCAGUGGACGCGGCUGAAGAAGUACCGGCACAUCGACGGCAUGCUGCCGCAGAAGAUCCCGCCCGGCUCCACCGUGCUGGCCGCCCCCGCCCCCGCCGCCGCCCCCGCCACCGCCGCCGCCAACCAGGGCGUCAGUUAAGGUUACGCUACUUGUAUUUCUUGUUUUGGCCUGACGAUAUACAGAGCGUCCCGAGACUAUGGGAUAUCGAGGGAAAGUAUCUUAAAUAUCGUAGAUAGGA